AUGAUGUACGUUAGCCUGGUCCACUGGCUGGCCCUGGCUGUUGCAUUGGCUGUGCCAUUUGUGACGGCACUCGGAAAUGUUCCUUACCCUCAAGACGAUCCUUUCUACUACCCCUCUGAAAAUGGCUGGCAAAACGAGGCCCCAGGUACGAUCCUUCGUGAGCGUAAGAUCCAAGCCGCCUCGCUCGGUAUCUUUGAGUGGAAGCUCGACGCCUGGCAGGUGCUCUACCGCACCGCCGGUGCUCGGCCCGACAAACCCUCGUACACGGUGACGACGUUCCUCGUGCCGAGCCAUGCCCAUCGCGACCGUGUGGUGACGAUCUCGUCGCCCGAAAACUCGAACUUUAUUCAGUGCGCCCCCAGCUAUGCUUUCCGCAAGACGGGUGUCCUUGAAAUUGCCAACUUUGAGCCUCGUUGGGAGCAAAUGCUGUACACGCUUUUCCUGGCGGAAGGCUGGAUUGUGAACGCCCCUGACCACGAAGGUCCCGAGAGUGCCUUCUCGGCUGGCCGCUUUGGUGGUCACAUGGUUCUGGACUCGAUGCGCGCUGCGAACAACUUUAAGCCGCUUCAGCUCUCGAGCAACCCUAUGCACAUUGGUCACGGCUACUCGGGUGGCUCGACACCCAACGGCUGGGCUGCGAGUCUGCACGAGUCGUACGCCAAUGAGCUGAACGUGGUGGGUUGGUCGCUGGGUGGUUCGAUGACGGACCCACUGUACACGCUCAACUCGCUCGACGGUAAGCCUACUUCGUCGCUGGUGGUGGCCGGUGCCAUUGGCCUGAUGGACGCCUACAGGGACGAAGUCGGAAACCUGCUCGACGACGAGGUCUGGACUGAAGAAGGUAAGAUUGCCGAGAAGGUUAUGCGGAACUCGUGUGUCUACGAAUCUGUGAUCCGCUACUUUGGUGCCACGUUCCAGUCGGAGCGCUACAUCAAGGGCGGUCGCAACCUGUCCUCGUGGCCACAGAUGCGGAAGAUCUCGAACAUGAACACGAUGGGUCACAACCCUCGCUUCACGCCUCGCAAGCCCAUCUUUAUGUUCCACGCUCUGUACGAUGAGGAAAUCAAUUGGCACCAGGCCAACAAGACGGCUGUGGAAUGGUGCAACAACGGUGCCAACGUUCGUUUCCUGACGUACAGCUCCACGUCGCUCGUGCACGUGACGACGUACCUGCUGAACUUGCCUUACAUUGUCCAGUACAUGCGCGACCGUUUCAACGGCAAGGACUGGUAUGGCGGUGCCUGCCAGUUUGAUGUCGAGAGCCAGAACCCUGCUCUGGACGUGAAUGUGCUGGGUGAGCGUUUCCGUGGCAUUUUGGAAGCUGCGCUCGACAUGCUCGGUAAGGAAAUUGGUCCGAACGACUCGAUUCUGAAGAACCGCCUCAAGGCUGGUCAGAACCCGAACACGCACCACAAGACCAAGCUUCACGUGCUCAAGAAGGGCGACAUCUCGCCAGGUGAGGGUGGUGACCACACGAAGGAAAGCAAGAAGGCCGCUGCCAAGUUCAAGGCCGAGAAGAAGCACGGCAAGCACCACUAG